GCACCAACGUUGGUUCCGCCCUGUGUUCGUCCGUACUGUUUUGACGUUACACCAACAUGUCCAUGCAGUGACAGUUCCGUGACCGCUGGAUUGGAAAUGUGUUGUUCAUGAAUAUAAAACUUCGAUGCCGCCGUAAAUGUAUGACUGCAUUAAAAUAAAGUGCUUGAGGACAUUUUAAUCCAAACCAUGGCUCGGGUUGUGAAAGUGUUUCGGACUCUGAGGAAUAACUGGAAGAAGUCCACCGUUGCUGCGAGCGUCCUAUCUUACGGGGGCUACUGGCUGUAUGGUAAACACUGUGACAGUGUUCUGCGGAGAGAGGCUUGCCUAUUAGCCAAGGAGUUUGGGCGUCAACAGAUAGCUCCAUUUGAGCGUCUGCGGAAAGCAACAGUGAUCUUGAACCCUGCAGCUUGCAGUGGGAAAGCCAACAGCCUGUUUGAAAAGAAUGCUGCUCCUAUCUUACACCUGGCUGGUGUGGAGGUUACUAUAGUAAAGACAGAUUAUGAAGGCCAAGCAAAGAAAUUGAUGGAGCUCGCAGAACAGACCGACAUGCUGAUCGUGGCCGGAGGGGAUGGCACCUUGCAGGAAGUCAUCACAGGUUUACUGCGAAGGCCAGAUCAAGACACAGUCUGUAACACACCGAUUGGAUUCAUUCCACUGGGCUCUCACAAUUCCCUGAGUCCAAGUCUUCACCUCCUCAGUGACAACAAGGUCAAAGACAUUACGUCAGCAACACUGUCCAUUCUGAAGGGAGAAACUGUACCUCUGGAUGUGCUGCAAAUCAAAAGGGAGACAGAGCAGCCAGUCUUCGCUCUGAUGGGACUACGUUGGGGUGCUUUUAGAGAUGUGGCUGCAAAAAUCAGCAAAUAUUGGUACCUUGGACCACUGAAGACAAAAGCAGCACAUUGGUUUAGUACUCUACAGGAGUGGCCCCUGGUCCGGGACGUCUCAGUGUCCUACCUGGCUCCCAGCCUCCGGCCCCCUGACCUGUCCCCUCAGAAGCCCCCCAGACCCAACCUGCUCUACCGCAUCAUCCACAGGCUGAAAAACCACUGGUACCCUCCUGUCGAGGAGCCUCCAAAAGAGGAAGAGGAAGAGCCAGAGCCGUGGCAGGAGGAGCACCUGUCGACGUUAGAGCUUUAUAUUCAGACACACAACAAGAACCCAGUGAAGAGGCGCUUAAAUGACUCCCUGAUGAUCUGUGCAGAACCGGACAACUUCACAGUGGGAGAGUACAUCACUGUCGGAAACAAAAAAGAAGAGGACCCCGCUGUGUUCACUAAAGACUCCACAAAACUGGAAGCCAGUGCGUGCAGGCUGCAGCUGCCAGAGGGCGCCGGUGGCUUUUACAACAUCGACAACGAGGAGUAUGAGGCCAUGCCUGUAGAGAUAAGGCUGUUGCCACGGAAACUACACUUCUUCAUCAGUGCGGAGCGCAGGGAGCAGCUCCUCUUACAGAUGCAGUGAUGACAAGAACAGCAAGAGACAAACACUGAUCUCAAGAGAAACACAAAAGCAAGGAAUGAGACGGCGAGGUCUUUUUGAAAACGGAUGUCGUCCGUUUUAAAUGCUCAUGAAGUACUGAUGGAUUGUUUUACUACGUGUAAACAUUGAUUCAGUUGAACCAUUAUAGGGAUUACAUUACAUGUUGUAUAUUAAAGGACCAAGGCUUUGUUUCUUUAAGCCAGUAACCUGUGUACAGGUUGUCUUACAAACUGACUUUAUGUUUACUUUUACUAACACAUUUGAACUUGGUUAUUAAAAAUCUGGUCUGUCCAACUCAA